AUGGUCGUAUUCAAUAUAGAAAGUGUUUACGAAUGGAAAUUACUUUUUGGAUUUGCAAUAUUUCUUUUAAUUCUGUAUAUAUGGAAGAAAAAGAGCAGAAAUAAACAGAGAGAUAAAAUACCACAACUCUGCAGUUGGGCUUAUGUUUGGAAUCUGAUUUUCUGUCCAGUAAAAGCUCAAGAUUUUCGAAAACUUUGCGGAACUUUUAUAGUUCAAAUAUUGAGUUCUGUGUGUAUUAUAUCCUUCAAAGAGAAAGUAGCGAAAAUUUCUUGGGGUGGAUAUCAUUAUAUUGCGUUAUGUCAUCCCGAAUCGGCUCAGGAAGUACUGAAGAGUUACACCGUAAUCAACAAAGAUUGGAUUUAUAAUAUUCUUCAUCCCUGGCUGGGGACGGGUCUUUUAACAAGUUCGAACGAUAAGUGGAGAAAUCGUAGAAAAUUAUUAACUCCGGCAUUUCAUUUUCGAAUUCUCGAAGAUUUUCAAGGAAUUUUCAACGAUCAGUCAAACAUCUUAAUUGAAAAGUUGAAGAAGAAAGAGGAAAACGAAGAAUUUCUUAUGGACGAAUUGAUUACGGUUUGCACUCUGGAUGUUAUCGGAGAUUCGGCAAUGGGAGUUCAUAUUAACGCUCAAGACCGAUCUGAUACUGAUUAUGUUAUUGCCAUUAACGAAAUAACAUCCUCAAUUAUCCAAUGGUUCACAAAGCCUUGGUAUUGGUUCAGUCCCAUUUUCAACUUGAGUCCAUUAGGAAGAAAAUUUCACAAAGACAUUGAAACCGUUCACGAAUUCGACAGAAAGGUAAUCAGAAAAAAGAAACAGAAACUGAUCGAAGAACUGGAAGACAAUCAAACAAUCGACAACUUUCAAGAAGAGAAAGAAGUUAUAGGGGUGAAGAAGAGGCGAGCAUUUCUUGAUUUACUUCUUUAUCAUCAUUUAACAGAUGGAAGUCUCAGCGAAGAGGAUAUCAGAGAAGAAGUCGACACUUUCAUGUUCGAAGGACACGACACAACUGCUAUGGGAAUUAGUUGGUCUCUUUAUCUGCUUGGAUUGCAUCACGAUAUACAAGAGAAAGUGUACCAGGAACUGCAGGAAAUUUUUAGUGAAGACAUGGAUAAAUCUAUUACGACCGAUGAGCUUAGAAGAAUGAAGUAUCUGGAAUGCAUUAUCAAAGAAACACUUAGGAUUUAUCCUCCAGUUCCAUUCAUAUUGAGAAAAAAUUCUUCCGAUAUGAAAGUAGGUAAUUAUAUUUUGCCAGCAAAUUCGUCUCUUGCAGUAAACAUUUAUGGAAUUCAUCAUAAUCCAACGGUGUUUGAAAAUCCCGAAGUGUUCGAUCCGGAUCGAUUUCUACCAGAAAACUGCGAGAAACGUCAUCCCUUUGCAUUUAUACCAUUCUCUGCCGGUCCACGCAAUUGCAUAGGUCAAAGAUUUGCCAUGAUGGAGAUGAAGUCAGUUUUAGCGAAUGUUAUUCGACAUUUUCGAGUGAAGUCAUUGGACCAUAGAGAUAAGAUUUUCGAAUCUGGUGAUGUCAUUCUUCGUCCAAAAUUCGGUAUGAGAAUGACCAUUAAGAAACGGUGAAAAUUUUCCUUUUCUUGUACAUAUUAAAUCUAUAAUCUAUCUAUAAGUCUCCAUCUUGAACAGAGUCUUAGAGUUUUACAAAUUUUAAGUCCUGUUUCAGGUAUGUAAACUUAAAAAUAGAGUAAUUAUUCGUAUUUGAAAUUAUCAAGUAAAUACUAGGACCACAUUUAUGAUUAUUUACAUUUAUUCAUGAAAAUCGAUCAUAUUAUUUUUGUUUCGUGUUUAUAUUAGAGACACGUCAAUACUGUAUAUA